UACAACACAACUGCACUUAAAUAAGUGUUUUUUGGUUCUUUUUUCGGCGAUAAAUACAGAAUCUUCAAUGCAACAAGAAUUAUGAUGAAUACUAUCAGCUCAAAACACUAUAUCGCACGCAACAUUUGAAGAAGUGCGUUACUUCUGUUUAUCCUGUCAAAAUGGUUGCUCCCAUGCUUUCUUUGCAUUUAAUAUUUAUUUUCAGACUAGUGAGAGUAUAUCAGAUUCUUUAAAAAACAAGUUCGAAGCCGUUAGUACUAUUGAGAAGAUGGAAUGUGAUCAAGACGCACAUCUCUCUAUAGUUGUAAAUAUACCAACUCCUCCUGGACCUCAGUGCUAUUGUAUGAUGUCACGUGACUACAGCAGGCCAGAUUUUCAAUGCAGUGUUUGUUACAAGUGGUUCCACCUAGAGUGUAUAGCUUUCAAUAUAGGAAAAGCCUUACCUUUCCUUACUGCUUAUCAUUUCAUGUGUAAGCGAUGCAACCCGAUGGGUGAGGAAGUUUUUUCUAGGAAACAGGCAAAUUUCACUGUUAUGUGUCAGACAGCUUUAGCCAAUUUAAUGUUAAAGCAUGGCGGGCGUUUAUACUUCAUGGAAACGAAGGAACUGAUUCCAUUCUUGGAAGAAUAUUGGGAAGAACUCACAACGCAGCCAAGGAAGUCUAAUAAUUCAUGGUAUCCAAACAUUCACAAAACCUUGACUAGUAGUGAUGUGUUCAAAACUGUGGAAACGCCAGGUGAUCUUUAUGUGUGUCUUUCAAAUACGGAUCUCACCAAGAUUGGUCCAAGUUACGAUCGUUUUCGUGCUCUUACAAGUCAACUUCGGACAAAUAUUACUAAACUGGGUGUCCCUUCCGCUAACAUUUCCACCAAUGUAUCACAAAACCAAUCCUCUCUGUCAGGUUUCGUUCCUGAUUCUGUAGAUCAGUUAUCAAGCUCUUCAUCAACUAACAGUCAACUACCUUUUAGCAAUGAAACUGAUAAUUUUGACGUACCCGUUUGGCGAAAGCGCAAAUCUCCAGGUAGUGGAUUAUCUGGUGGGAUGGGUAGUUUCUACAAUGGUUCAUCUGUGACAGCUAUUGCUCCUGGUACGUCGUCAGAAAACAUUGUUCUAGGGAACGUGUCCAGUACUGAUGUUUCGGGAUUCCCUGGUACGAGAAAUAUGACCUCAUCUACUGGAGAUGUAAAUAAUGGGUUAUCCAGCGGCUUAGUACGUUCAACUCGUCGAGCUACGUCGGCAUCUGUUCUGGGUGGAACAACAGCAAUAAGUGGAGCUGGUUCAGAGGAGGGACGUGCAAAGUUAAAUGCUUUGGGAUUUCCUAUAGAUCAUGCACUUAAUAAAGAAGGGUAUCGUUACAUUUUAGUAGAAGCUGACAAGCAUGCUUCUGGUCGGCGGCAGUGGGACGAAUGUGAAUUUACAGCUGGAAAGCCUAUACCUGGUCUUUUUUAUCGUGUCUUUUUAUGCUCACAGGUGGUUCUGUCUUUGAGUGAUCGUGCGAACCAUUUAAAAGUACAUGAAUCACAGUUGUCGGUUACUGGUGAGAAAGGUUAUUGUAUGGUUCGUGCCACUCAUAGCGUUCAUUCAGGUACUUGGUAUUUCGAAGCAACCAUCACAGAACAACCAGAAGGUUCUGCAACUCGGAUUGGUUGGUCUCAAAUGUACGGUAACCUACAAGCACCGUGUGGUUAUGACAAGUUUAGUUAUUCUUGGCGUUCACGUCUUGGUACGUCAUUUCAUGAAUCUCGCGGAAAACACUACGCAGAUGAAGGAUAUAAGAAAGAUGAUGUCAUUGGAUGCUUGAUCCAUUUACCUUCAACCGCCGGUCCUUUCACAUCUCGGGAAAAUCACAGUUCAGAUUCUGCUGUGCAGUUUAAGACACCUCAAGGAAAUAAACUUUCGUCCAUAAUUGAUUUCAUUCAAUCCAACUUGGGCCUUAAUCUUGGUGCAACAAAUUCAAGCAAAUCUAAAAACUCUCCUACCUUGAGUUAUCUUCCUGAAACUUACAAAGAUCGCCCCCUGAUCAGGUUUCGGAAUUCAUUCUACUUCGAAGAAAAAGAUGAUCAAACUAAAGCUGAAAAGUCACUUCAUCCACUACCUGGUAGUAAGAUCAUAUUUUAUCGUAAUGGUGAAUGCAUGGGAACAGCUUUCCAGAAUAUCUACGCAGGUACUUACUAUCCAGCAGUAUCCAUAUAUAAGUCUGCUACAGUUUCUGUCAAUUUUGGUCCAUAUUUCAAAUAUCCUCCAAGCGACUUAACAGAUUGGCAACCGAUGUCUGCGCGUGUUGUAGGUACUGCUGUUGAACAGACUGUCGCAGACAUGAUCUAUUUAGUAGAAAACGAGGGAUUCAUCGAGCGUACCAUUAAAUCAUAUGCUCCUCAAUUGCGAUGAUUGAACAUUAAAAAUAGACGGAUGAUAUUUAUUCCAUGCUUAGGGUAGCUACAGGUAUGAAAUAAUUUUGCCUCGUAAUGAAUAUACCAUCUUCUCUUCUUGUCAUCAGAUUACUGUUUGUCAUACAUAUUAUCCGGUUUACGAAGUGAAUUAUUCAGAAGUGCUUACUGUUAUUAUGAGUUUGAAAACUUUUAACACUUAAUUGUAUGUUCUAUAUGUUUCUGUAUGUGCUAACCUUUCUUUUGUUACAUUUCCAAUAAUCUCCACUUCCGGUUACUGUAUAUUCAUGUGUCUCAUCAUUGUGGUGCUUUAUUUCCACUUUUUUAAAAUGUUUCUUCCUUCGAAUGAAUUUUUUGACGAAGAAAUAAUGAAGCAGACUGGGUAUUAAAUUUGUUAUAUAUCUUGUAUGUAUGAUUUUGUUCCGACUUACUUAAAUGCUGUGUAUAUCGCGCAUGCGUAAAACUGGGAAACAUUUUUUCUAUACAAAAAUGUUGUAUUCGUAUUUUGUGUCGGAAAAUUCUCGAAGUUCGAAGAGUUUAGUUGUGUUGUUAGGACUGUGUACUUGAAACCGCUGGUGUUGCAAGUAGUCUGGGAAGAUUUGAGAACUGAAUCGAAUUUAGUUGUGAUUAGAAUAUUUUUGAUAUAACCACAGCGGUGAUUAGCGAGACCAGCCUGAACAACCGCAGAAAUUCACUCACCCAAUAGAUAAGUUCAUUUAUUGUACUUUUUGAAGUUAUGUUUGGUUUCAAAUAGUAUUACAGUAUAUUUGCUGGGAAAAACUUUGGUUUGUACAGCAAGCCAUUGAGAAAAAAAUUCGUUUUGAUUGUCUUAACACAUUGGGAUUAUAUAAAAGUACAUUUUCAUGCCAAGUAUUUGAGAUGGUGAAAAAUUCUAAUUUGUUGUUCGUUGUAUGUCAGGUGUAUUGUUUCAUUUGUUUUGUCUAACGAUUAGUCGCUCAUGUAUUUUAUUCUCAUUCUGUUACUUUGUCAGUUGUAGGCAAACUGUAAAUGUUAUGUUUCUAUGCCUCUUUGUGCGCUAAAAUUAUCUCGAAGAACUUAUGCAUUUGGAAAUACUCAUGUGGUUUGAAUUAAAUUCGUAUCAUUCGGCAAAAAGAACUUCCGGUUGUCUUUCAUCAUGUCUGUGCAGUUG